AUGUUCCAUGGGAAAUCCCUUGCACUGAUUCAAAAUUCAUUUCUCCGUCCUCCUGGAACUGAGACAGACGGAGAAAAUGAUCAAGCGCAGUUGAUACUACGGCAGAAACGACUUGCAAAUGUCUAUGACGCCGUAGCCGGUCGUGUCAGUGUUAACCGCUUCCAGUCUUCUAUUCCAUCCUCAAAGAACCGCGAUGCUGCUACUUAUUCCAACGCAGUUGCUCUUCGUCCCGAAGAAGUUCUCUUCCGUCGACUGAAUGCCCCGACGCGCUACGAGGAGAAUGACUUUUACUUUGCGCACGAAUUGCUUCCUCCUGAUUGUCCUCUUCCGAGCUCCGACCUGCUAGAGGCUAUCCAUGCCUACUCGGCUGAUUUCUAUGACCUGGUAACUGAUGAUCACGGGGAAACUGAUUGCCGGAGCAUGGAUGAGACGGCGUUGAUUGCUAUGGGAAUCUUGUUGGAGGAGAUGGCGAAAGAAUCCUUGGGUGAAACUGGGGAUUUGGUUCUAGUUGAAGGGGAGAGGCUGUCUGAUGAUGAGGGUCGAUUUGCUUCCAGGACUGGACGAAGGGCUGGUCGGAAGAGAGCAAAUAGCGUUAUGGGCGGUGCCCUGGCAAGUUCGGGUGACGAUCGGGAGAGCGCGACCAAGGGGAGGAAGUCUUCAAAGAGACGUAAGUUGUCUCGCAAGGCGUCUGCUACCGAUGGGGAGACAGGAGAUGAGAAGACGUGA